UGGCUUCCCGUCGUCUCCGCCGCAACUUGGUUCGGUGUCCUCCUCGCCAUGCUCAUCAUCUGGGGCGCAGAAGGCACGCCACGAUACCAAUCAGACGAGGGUGGAAUCGUGUAUAUCUCCGAUGUAGGAGCACAUAUCAAACCACUAUUUAUAGCCGGAACCUCGGUGACCGGUCCAUUCUUUGUGGCGGCGUUGAUUGCGGAGAGGUGGUUGAGGCAUCGGUCGCGUCUCACGCCUAAUAGGCGCACUACGGAGAAGGUUUUGAGUGUCUGCGCGAUUGUAUGCGCGCUUGUCGGUGCUGCUGCCUUGAUUUGCUUGAGUAUUUGGGAUGCGUUCAACCAUUCUAGUGUUCACUGGCGUUUGACGGUUGUGUUCAUCAUCUUCAUUGCGCUUUCGGCAAUCUUCACCACUUGCGAAUUCCGAUUCCUCCGCAAGGGUUACCCCGACACCCGCCGCCUCAUGUUCUCCUACGCCGUCAAGAUCCUCAUUGUCAUCUUCGCCGUCGCCCUCGCCAUCGCGAUGGGUGUGUUGAUGAACAAGAACCACGAGUCUGCCGCUGCUGUAUGCGAGUGGAUCAUUGCGUUCUUGUUCGACGCCUAUGUCUGGACCUUGGUGUACGACUUGAGACCCGCCGUCAAGACCUCAAACAGCUACUUGAAGAGACACCCCUCUGCUGUCAUGGCCAUGCAGGAGCAGCAGAGCAACGGGUGGUCCAACGGACAGGCGUCCGGAGGCCCUGAUCUCGCGCCCAACAACCACACCAUCAACCCAGUUGCUUAA